AUGACAGAAGCGGAGAUUGAUAGUCUAGAUCGUUGGGACGAGUCGGACUAUUGGGAUUUUGCCAUCUCAGACGAAGAGCUCCAAAUUCCAUCGUACAUGAUCCCUCCAAAUCCGGACGAUACAGAAUGCCUUCCUUCCAAUGUUCAUAUAUCCUACCCCUAUGGAGAUCCCACGCGUUUGACGCAUCCAUCCGCCCAAGCUAACCGUAUAAUAGACCCAAACUCGCGAGCAAUGUACGACGAAACGGGUGGUGUGGGGAGUAACGUCAACGUGGGCAUGCUAUGGAAGGAUCUCGCACUCGAUAUCCUGCUACCCACGGAUCCCAUCAAGGAGGAAGCCCUGCGAGCCGCAAAGGCGCGUAAACUGGCCAACGGCGUGCAGUCUGACGGAGAUGAAUCAGAGGACUAUAAUCACGAUCUCGACCCUGAGGAAGACACCAGUGCCCUGCCAGAGGAACAGACUUUUGAAGAAGAGGAGGGGGAAGAGCAUGCGCAGACCCCCGAGGGUUCGGACGAGUCGGAUUGA